AUGGCACCCGGAUGGCUUGAUAUUCAUGGUCACUUCUUCCUUCCACGGACGGCAGUUGAAGACGCUGAAUUUGUCAAAGCUUCCCAUGCCGCUCAUUUCAUGAUUUCAGAAGCCCCCCAAUUUCGACCAGACGAAAUGCUAGCAUACAAUGAUGCGGCAGGAAUCAGCAUGCAGAUGCUGUCUUAUAUCCCGCUCACAACACGCAAAUUGCAACAGGCGAAUGACUUUGGACUAUCGAUAGUGCAAAAGUACCCCUCGAGGUUCGGGCUGCUGGCCGCGCUCCCAACUGAUGAGCCCGGCGAAGCGUUGAAGGAAAUCGAGAGAAUGAGAACCCAGCUUCUGCAACCUGAUGGUUUUGCUGUCACCACCAUGCGUGGCGGCAUUGGCUUGGGCCAUGAAAGCCUGCGGUCUGUCUGGGCGGAGCUGAACAAGCGCGGCGAAGUAAUCUUCGUUCACCCAAACGCCUAUCUCAGAGGACAGGAUGGUCGACCGUCCCCAUUGAUCGACGUUGCGUUUGAUACAGCCCGAACUAUAACGGACAUGAUAUAUAAUCGUGUCUUUCUGGAUUUCCCCGAAAUUAAAUGGGUGUUCUCUCAUUGUGCAGGUGCCUUUCCUGCAUUAUCCGGGCGAGUGCUGCUUCUUGGGACAGAGUCAUGGGUUCCCAAUCAUAAAGGCAUCACGACGGACGAUAUCAAGAAGCAGAUUAGUAGCAUUUAUGUGGAUACAGCUGCAUCAGCUGAGACAGGCAUGGAACCUGCCGUGAGAAUGGUAGGAAUUGAACAUGUUGUGUACGGUGCUGACUGUGGUGUUCCUUGCUCAACCGAGAGAACAAUGGAGGAGAACAAGGCGGCUGUCAGAAUGAUUGCCAAGAAAGAUGGUGAUAGUGAACAGGUGGGCAUGAAUGGAUUUAGGCUUUUUCCUCGUGUUAGGAUAAGGGCUCAAUCCUGA